UUAGUCCUUUCUGUCCAACCACCGGUGUGUAGCUUGAACCGCAUGCGCAGAUUUGUACCAGUCAAAAUCCUCAGCGGUUUAUUUGGCUAACAAGUGAAUACUUCUUCGUAUUUUAACUUUUCUUAUUGGUUAGAGAUGGCCGCUAGAUAUGAUAGAGCUAUAACAGUAUUUUCCCCCGAUGGACACCUGUUUCAAGUGGAAUAUGCACAAGAGGCUGUGAAAAAAGGCUCUACUGCGGUGGGCAUCAGAGGGAAAGACAUUGUCGUUUUGGGUGUUGAGAAAAAGUCUGUAGCUAAACUCCAAGAGGAGAGGACUGUACGCAAGAUAUGUGCACUUGAUGAUCAUGUCUGUAUGGCAUUUGCAGGUCUGACGGCCGAUGCUCGUAUCGUUAUCAACAGAGCCAGGGUGGAGUGUCAGAGCCACCGGCUUACUGUAGAGGACCCUGUUACUGUGGAGUAUAUCACACGCCACAUUGCCACACUCAAACAGCGCUACACACAGAGUAAUGGACGCAGACCCUUCGGUAUCUCUGCUCUGAUCGUGGGCUUUGACAACGAUGGAACCCCACGACUCUACCAAACGGACCCAUCUGGAACAUAUCAUGCCUGGAAGGCCAAUUCUAUCGGUCGCAGUGCAAAGACUGUCCGGGAGUUUCUGGAGAAGAACUACACAGACGAGGCCAUCGCUACUGACAACGAGGCUAUAAAGCUGGCCAUCAAAGCCCUGCUGGAGGUUGUUCAGUCAGGAGGAAAGAACAUUGAGCUGGCAGUGAUCAGGAGGAAUCAGCCACUGAAGCUUUUGGAGUCUAAAGAAAUUGAAACCCUUGUGGCUGAAAUCGAGAAGGAGAAAGAGGAGGAGGCAGAGAAAAAGAAGCCGAAAAAAUCUACAUAAAUCAAACUAGUCUGUCACAUGACCUGUUUUCAGUUUGUGUGAGGAUAGGCUUCAAUAAGGGUGAACAAACACCCCCUUUAUCCUAGACACAGACUCGUCUCCAUUUUAUAUAUUUUGUUCUGUAGUGUGGCUACUACUGUUGUUAGCACAUUAUUCUGACCCUGAACUGAAGCAUUGGACUCAAGUAAUGCUUUUAUAAAUUGAACCUUGAAUAAUAAAGAUUGUGAUUUUA